AUGGCUCCUAGAAAAGUAGCCCGUAAAGUGACCCAACAACCAGUAGAGGAGCUAAAACGUCGAAAUACUGAAAAGAAGAAGGGAAGAAAACGGGAGAAGAAGGGAAAGGAAAAGGCAAAAACUUCUUCAUCAGCACCUCCGGCACAGUUAACAGGAAUCACCGCAGAUAUAGAUGAGCAUACCGAAAUGGAGGAACUAGCGAUUUCUUCAUCACAUUUUCCAUUGAUCAAUGGUGAGGACGACAGUUUGCUAGUGAAUAACAGUGGACGUGGAAAGAAGCGGAAACUUCUCUCUUUAGACAGCACCUCUUCUACAGCAAAUCGUACACUUAACAGCAGUGCCGGAAGUUCAAUUGCCCGUCGAUUGAAGAAGUUUCAUUUGUCUGUCGAGAAUUUUUUGCCAGUUGAGAAAGGUGAUCGAGUGUUGAGUUGUGGUGAAGGUGAACAGCUUGGACAUCCAGGACGGAGCACAACUCGGAAACCGCGAGCCAUUAAUACGCUUCCAGAGGAGAAAUUAAUCGUGCAGGUAGUAGCAGGUGGAGUACAUUCACUGGUGUUAAUGGAGGAUGGCACAGUGUAUGGUUGUGGAAUAAACGAAAAAGGAACUGUACCGGGUGAGGGUAUCGAGCCAGAGGGAUCCUCUGAUAAGCUAACUCCAAUUAAAUUCAAUAGUUCACUCAUACAACGUCAUGGAAAGGUAGUUAUGCUUACUGCUGGUGCCAGUUUUUCGGCAGCGCUAACUGAUAAAGGCAGUGUAUUGGCUUGGGGUAAUUUGCGGGGUAUGUCGGGUUGCAUUGAAAGCCACGAAACACUGCUGGAGAUGGAAAAACAACCAGUGGUCAUAGUGCAAUAUCAACAAAAAGUCAUCGUUAAGAUUGCAGCAGGUGAGAAUCAUCUGGUAAUGCUAACAGAGAAUGGGGAAGUGUUGACUUUUGGCGAUGGAUCGGUUGGCCAAUUAGGCAGAUGUUCACGGGUUUCGCAUAUUCGCUCUCAGCGAAUGGUGAGCGACUCUCCAGAUUCGUUGAGAAUUUCUGUUUACGACAAGGGGAGAAAGAAACUGGUAAUAUUUGACAAUAUUAUGGCUGGUGGAUUUUGGACUGCUGCUCGUUCCAUUGAUGGCGCUGUUUACGUCUGCGGAUUGAACAAUUUCGGACAGUUGGGUAUACCAAUACGAGAAGCUCCAGAAGAUAAAGAUAAUCAACCAGAACUGAAAAUAAUGCAUCCGGUUAAGGCGAGCGCAUUCGAAUGCAUAACAGUUGUUGAGCUGAGCGGUAUCCAGCAUAUCGUUGCCCUGAAUGCACAAGGUGAAGUAUACGGCAUUGGGAAAAACACAGACAAUGCGCUAGGAUUGGGUACGUGGGGUGGUAAAGAGGAUGAUCACUGGAAGUAUUUGCAACUACAGAAGAUCGAUGUACCAGAACCGAUCAAAGGAAUAUCGGUUAGCCUUGGUUGCUCGAUUGUUUGGACAGAUAAUGGGAGUGCCUACUCGUGGGGUUAUGAUUCUUCUGGUCAGCUUGGUUUGGGGAUCAAAGAUGAUGAUGAGAAGAUGGUUCCACGACCACAGAAGAUUACUUCGGCACAUCUUGAUGGUUAUCGCAUCAUUGGAGUAUCUUUGGCGGAUAAUCAUGCUCUUUUCCUUGCUAAAAAAUUAUGA